CUGACACUAAGUUUAAUUAACCUGCCAUUACCUCGAAGUUAUUUCCUCAUUUGGAUCGCGCAUUCGAUUACCGCAUGGUUGCUAGUGCUGAAGGCAUCCGUUCGUUAUCAACACGGAGACUAUGAGCACUACUUUCCACGCGGUUGGUUUUUUCUCGACCGUUUCAUGAUGGACGAUUCGGACUUCGAAUGGACGCACUGGACCCAGAAACUGCCACGGUGUACAGCCGCUUUCUUGGUGCAUAGCGUAUUAUUUUCGCUCGUAAACCUACUGUUGUUAACUUCGAUGCUUCUGAACGCGUUCGUCUACGGGUGGAUUGCCGUCGCGUGCGCCGUAGCUUUUAUGAUCGUCAUGCUGUUGCCCAUAUUGCUGAGGCGCUCGUUGAUCGUUUGGUGCCUUGACGCCGUUAUGUUGUUUGUACUUAUUUCGCGUUGGACCCCUGUUCACUUAAGCGAGAACCAAGCAUAUUCUCUCGGCGUUUUUCUAUCGUACAAGCUUCUGCAGUGCACCAGCUUUUGUUUGGAAAAGAUUGACCAUCCAGUGCGAGAGUCGUCGAAAGAAAUGCUCAUUCAGCUGAUGUGCUAUUCGUUCUAUAUACCGUACAGCACUACGUUAUUUGUUACGUUUCACGAGUUUGGGCAACAGAUGCAUAGCCGGCGUCCCAUUUCUGAAACGAUUCGCGAUGCUUCGUUCCUGGCUUGUCGCAUCGCUUUCUGGAUUGUCGUCUGCCAGUUGGUUCUUCAUUUUUUCUAUAUGCAUUUUAUGAUUAGUGACAAGUGGACACUUGAGCGGCUGGACUUGCCAACCCUUGCUGCUGUUGGUUACACAGUCGGUCAGUUUUUUCACAUGAAAUACGUGUGCAUUUUUGGUUUGAAUGCGGUGUUUGCAAAACUUGAUGGAAUGUCGCCUCCGUGGCCUCCGAUUUGUAUUUCCCGGGUCGCGCUCUAUUCCAGAGUAUGGCGUUAUUUCGAUCGAGGCUUAUAUAGCUUUCUCCGUAACCAUUUGUACGUGAGACUUGCCAGUGGUCGAUUUAAGAAGGUGAAACGUUUAUCUGCGGCUUUGGCUUGUUUUGGAUUUGUUUGGCUUUGGCACGGUGCCAACAUGGCUUUUUUCUACUGGUGCAUGAUGAACCUCGUUGAGAUACUGAUCGAAAAUCUUGCCUAUGAAUUUGACCGUGCUUUCCAUAUCCUCGACCGGCUAUCGUACGCAAUCGGUGCUCGCAACGUUCGUCGUUUGCUUGCAGUUCUCUUCGUACCCUGUGAAACGUUGGGUAUUUUUGCGAUCAUCUUCUUUCUCGGUGGCUUCGAAGCAGGAGAAACUUUUCUGCAUCGUCUGCUCAUUGAUAGAUCUUUUCACGUACAAUCCUCAUAUCUGUAUCUAAUCCUCCUAGGUUAUGUAUUUGCCCACUGCUGCAUGGAUUUUUGGUUAACAAAGCAUUGA